ACAGACCAUGUUAUUCUCAAGAUGUGCCUCUAGGCACGCUAAGAGCUCAAUAGACGCACUAUGCAAAGUAUUUGAGAUUCCCACACGAUUUCGACAGCCAGCGUCCGGAGCGUUUCGAUCAACUCAUUCCUUACACGGCAAACGUGCAACCAUAGAAAGCCACCAUGCAUCAAUUCCGGCCCUGUCAACGUCUUUUCGAAGCACAAUAAGAUACCAAAUACGUCCGCUUUCAAUAAAUAGGAGGAUGCUCAUAGAAUUGAAACCACAAGGACGCCUCAAGACGAUGGAGCAGAUAAAGUCAAGAGCAAAUCUAGGGGUACUGAAGAUCUCCUAUGGGCAAGCACUUUUUAGAGCACUUCUUUUCGUUUUCGCUGGCGUCGCAAUGGUGUUCUACUUCCGUGAGGAAAGAGCGAGACUUGAGAGGCAGAAGAUCGCAGAGCAGACCAAAGGAAUGGGCAAACCGAAAGUUGGUGGUCCUUUCAAGCUACUUGAUCACAACGGAAAUCCGUACACGAGUGAGAAUUUGAAAGGCAAAUAUGCUCUGGUCUACUUUGGUUUCACACAUUGCCCAGAUAUCUGCCCGGAUGAAUUGGACAAGAUGGCCGAAAUGAUCGAUGGGGUGAAAGCAGAAUGCGGAGAUGUUCUCACUCCAAUCAUGAUCACCUGUGAUCCUGCGCGCGACACUCCAGCCGUGCUGAAACCAUAUAUCAAGGAAUUUCAUCCUGACCUGAUAGGUCUAACGGGGGAUUGGGAGUCAAUCAAACAGACUUGUAAAGAGUAUCGUGUAUACUUCUCUACGCCGCCGAACGUUAAGCCUGGCCAAGACUAUCUGGUUGACCACAGCAUUUACUUUUAUCUUAUGGAUCCAGAAGGUGACUUUGUGGAAGCCAUUGGGCGAAAUUUCACCGCGGAGCAGGCUGUGAAAGUGAUAUGCGACCACAUAAAAGACUGGACAGGCCCUUUGGACCGGCAACCAAGAAAAAUUGAUUAAAUCUUUGUCGUUGUGUACAACUACAAGCUAUGUAAAAUAAUCUUGUACAACAAUAUGUUUACACCAGGACGUUAGGAGUCAACUAGCUUAGAAACUCCACUUAAGUAAUGAGGUUCGCGCUAAGCUUCACACCCCCCAAUAUCUCUGUGCUAAGGGUAGAAUUAUAAACGUUAUGUUGG